UCUGUCCUCUCGUGCCAGGAUCUGCUGCGCUGCUGGGCCAUGGAAGAGCGGGUGCAGCAGGAGAUGCUGGCAGCCCAGCGCACAGGAGGCCACCACCCCGUGCGGGAAGGAGAGGUGUUCAACACGCGAUACCAGGCUCUGUGCAAGCUGGGCUGCGGUGCCUUUGCCACCGUCUGGCUGUGCCAGGACCUGAGGAGGAAGAAACACGUAGCUGUGAAGGUCCUGAAAAGCAGGGAAGGCUUUGCUGAGGCUGCCCAGGACGAGGUCGCUCUCCUCCGCUGUGUGAGCAGUAUGAAGAAGAAGGACCGGGCAGGAGAACACAUUGUCUGUUUGUUAGACGACUUCAGAAUGAUUGGAGAGAACGGCUUCCAUGCCUGCUUGGUAUUUGAGGCACUGGGUCCUUCCCUGCGAUGUCUGAUGGGUAACUACGCAGCCCGGGGACUGCCUUUGCCUUUUGUGAAAAAAUCUUUACAGCAGGUGCUGGCAGGGCUGCACUUUCUGCACAAGCGCUGCCGCAUCAUCCACACGGACAUCAAACCGGAGAACAUCUUGCUGUACGGACGUGACAAAAGCCUCCAAAGGCUUCUGCCUGAUAUGCUCGACUGCGGCCAGAGAACAGAUUUGGGGCUAAAAGGACCAGGAGGUGAUCUUGGCAAUGGAUUGGAAGAAUCUGAUUUAAUGAGCAUAGAAGUGAAAAUUGCAGAUCUGGGCAGCGCGUGCUGGACAUACAAGCCUUUUUCCAGGGAGAUACAGACCCAGCCAUACCGUGCCCUGGAAGUGCUUCUUGGAUUAGACUAUGGCACUCCUGCAGAUAUCUGGAGCACGGGCUGCCUGGCAUUUGAAAUGGCAACUGGGGAGUGUCUAUUUGAUCCUCAACCUGGGAAAUAUUUCUCCAGAGAUGAUGAUCACGUUGCUCGUAUUAUUGAGCUCCUGGGAAGAAUUCCUCCUCAAAUUGCUUUCUCCUGGAACAAGUCAACAAAAUUUUUCAGCAGGCCAGGUGCUCUUCUGCGGAUCUCCAGACUGUCCCCCCGCAGUCUCCACAGCAUCCUGGCGGAGAGACACCACUGGACAAAACACGAGGUUACUCCCUUCACCAACUUCCUCCUCCCCGCGCUGCAGUACGCGCCCGACCGCCGCGCCACAGCCGCCCAGUGCCUGCAGCACGCCUGGCUCAGCGCCCCGUGACCGGCCCCUCGCCCUGCGGGGGGACCGCCGACCCUGCCCGGCAGCUCCCGCCAGGCACGCCCGCCACCUGCGCCGGAGCCACCCCUCCUCCUCCUCCUCCCCCC